AUGGAAGUAGCACCAUUCACCAUUACCCCUAGGGAUCCACUAGCAAAAUUUUUGCUCCCUGUUCUCGCGACUUUAUGCUAUUCUGGCCUACUGGUCUCAGUUCCAGAGGAAGGAAUGCUUCCACUAGGUGACACAGCAAUGAUUCCAUUGAAGGGGAAGUUAAGACUGCCACAUGGCUACUUUGGGCUCCUCAUGCCUCUGAAUCAACAGGCAAGGAAGAGAGUUACUGUGCUGGCUGGUGUGAUUGAUCUGGACUACCAAGCGGAAAUUGGCCUAUUACUCCCCAAUGGAAGUAAGGAAGAGUAUGUCUGGAAUACAGGAGAGCCCUUAGGGCAUCUCUUAAUAUUACCAUACACUGCGAUUAAGGUCAGUGGAAAGCUAAAACAACCCAAUCCAGGCAGGAUUAGUAAUGACCUGACCCUUCGGAAUGAAGGUUUAGGUCACCCCACUGAGUAA